AUGACGAAGGCUGUGAACUUUCUAUUGGAGGAAUUCAAGAAAAGGUUUGGGAAAUACCCAGAAGUUGCUCAGUUUGAUGAGGGAAAGGAAUUCUACAACGUCGGUGUCAGGAACCUUUUACAGAAACACAACGUCCGCUAUUUUUCCACAAACUCUGACAGAAAGGCAGCUAUCGUCGAAAGAUUUAACAGAACCUUGAAAACAAUGAUGUGGAAGUAUUUCUACAGCAAGGGGACUUACGACUGGUUCAACGUCAUAGAUGAGCUCACGAAUAAUUACAAUCGUACCAAACACAGCAGUAUACUAAUGAGAUCCGCUGACGUAAACAAGUCGAACAAGGACCAGGUAUGGAUCACGCUAUACGGUUAUGGAUUAGGAGAAUUUCCAUUGCCUAAGUUUAGAGUUGACAACACGGUCCGAAUAACAAGGUAUAAGAAUAUCUUUACCAAGGGAUACGAAGCAAACUUUACGGAAGAGAUAUUCAAAGUCGUAAAAGUAUUCAGGGGAGAUCCUAACAUGUAUGAAAUAGAAAGCCACGACGGAGAACCAAUCAUCGGAAAGUUUUACGAAGAGGAACUAGCCGCUGUGGACAAAAGGGACGAUGUGUAUAGGGUGGAGAAAAUUCUGAGAAGAAGAAAGGGUAUGGUACUGGUCAAGUGGUUGGGAUAUGAUAGUAAACACAAUUCGUGGAUUCCUGAAGAAAAUAUUAAGGAUAUAAAAUAUAUGGCUGACAUUGAACUGGAAGAAACAAACCGCGACAAUGAUCGCGAAGCUGAAGAAGCUGGAACGGUGGAGGAAGAAACAAGUUUCAUUGACAAUGAUGAUGGGAGACGGGACGAAAGUAUAUUAAUCCCCAUUGGAUUCAAUCCGGACGUUGAUGGAUCAAGACCCAGCAGUUCCACACCAAACAUCAGACGGGAUGUUGGGGUAAUGAAACGAGCCUAUACUCUGGAUAAAAAGGAUUUCCUCAAAAGGGAACUAGGAGUAAAUAUCAAUAAGGGAGACGGUCCAUCUUCCACCAUCAUCUUUGACAAAAUGAAACUAACCGUAAAUAAGGCUGGAACAAAAAUUAACGGUGCUACAUUCAAAGAUGUCAAGAUCAUUAUCUCGAAGAAUGGUAAAAUGAUAUACUCCGCGGAUAAGAACAAGGAAUCCGUCGUAAAUGAAUACAAGGAACUGAUCAGGAAAGCUAAAAUAGAGCAUUCAAAAACACCUGCAGCCUUGGUAGAGGAACAACUCGAACGACAGAAUUUAGAUGCUCCUCAGGAACUUGUGGAUAACGUACUGGAAAAUAUCGUUGAAAGAAUGGAUGAUGAACUGUCUAAUCAAAGCGAAGCCAUCGGUAAUAGUACAAUUAUAACGGAGAAUGAACUAAGGGAACUGAGAGGUAUUCUGAACGUAAAAGGAAACUCGGGUAAGCAAAAGAUUGAGUAUCUUGGGGUAGAAAGAAACCACUGGAAAGAACUGGCUAGAAUCGAACAAACUGCAGGACGUGAACAAAAGGCUCUCCUGUACGAAGCAAUGGCAGACAUGGCAGAACUGAAAGCGGAUGAAAUAAGGUUAAGAUCAAACGAACGACCAAAAGGACCGAAAGCCUUGUCCAUCGUGGAAGAGGAAACGGAAAUAAGCGAUCUUACGAGGUUUGAAAGAUUCAAGAAAUGGGCAAAAGAAAAUAUAGCUGGAAUAUCAGCCGUAGCAAUAUCUGUAGCAGGUAUCAUCACCACGAUUAUUAUGGAAGCUAGAAGUGUAGCAAGAAAGGGAGCGAGAGCAACGAGCAAGUUCGCAAAAGCAAUGGCAAACCUAGCCGGGAAGGUCGGACCCGUACUAGCAUCCGUACUGAACCUCAUCGCUAAGGUUUUAGGAUGGGGAACAAAGGGUAUUGCAUUCCUAGCGAAAAAUCUUUGGAUUUUAGCACUGGCAUUAACCUACUUCCUGUACAAUGAAUACAAAAAGAAAAAAUAA